CACUGGCGUCACCACCUCUCUCCUCUCUGCUUGCAGGUCUGUCUGAAAUCACUCACUAUGAGUGCUUCAACUACAUCAAUCUUCCUUCCAACUGCAACCACCUACGCUCACGGGACUAAUCAGAGCGGGGCUGUGGGAAAGACAGAGCCAUCAUACACUGUCCUCAAGUUCAUGGAGAGCUUCUGCCUCAUCAGCGCUGCCUGUGGGAUGGUGGGAAAUGGCAUGGUCCUAUGGUACCUUGGAUUCCGCAUCCGGAGAAACCACUUCACUGUCUACAUCCUGAAUCUGGCCGCUGCCGACUUCGGCUAUCUCCUCUGCAUCGCCAUUGAGACGGUUCAGUACCUGAUGCAGUUCAAUGUGGGGGUGCAGUUUGGGAUAUUCCUCUUCCUGGAUCUUUUCAUGUAUGGGACCGGCUUGUAUCUCUUGACCGCCAUCAGCAUUGAGAGGUGCCUGUCUGUCCUUUGUCCAAUCUGGUGCCGAAGCCACCGCCCAAAGCACUUGUCCGGCAUCAUCUCCGGCCUGCUCUGGGGUCUCUCCCUGCUGCUGAACACGCUCGGGUAUGUUUUGUGUACUCUUCGCCCCUCUGCUAGGAGCUGCCAGCUUCUGCUCAUCAGCAUCGGAACCUUGGACUUCCUCUUCUGCACGCCCCUCAUGCUGCUCUUCAGCCUGACCCUCUUCCUUAGAGUCAAGUGCAGCUCCCAACACCUCCGAACAGGCAGGCUCUUCACCGUCAUCAUGCUCACCGUCCUCUUCUUCCUCAUUUUCGCUGUGCCUCUGAGCGUCCUGAUCCUCUUUGACUUCUUGGGCUACAAAUUUCUCUACUCCCCGGAGAUCGGCUUUGUGCUGUCCUGUGUGAAUAGCAGUCUCAACCCCGUCAUUUACUUCCUUGUGGGGAGCUACAGGGAUCGGAGAAUCAAGUUCACCCUCAGGCUGGCGUUCCAGAGGGCCUUUGAAGAUUCAGCUGAUGACAAGGAUGAACGGGAAACCCGUGACACAAUAACUAUGUCUUCCUAA